AUAAAAGGCAUGGUUACAAACUGCUGAAGAGUCCGCUGACAAGAAAAGCUUACUCAAUACUUUGACAUUCGGACACAGUCGGACACAGUCGACUCAGGGCGUUAGCGAAGUGUAUUGCCAUGGAUUGAUUUCACAGGAAGUCACGCUUUUUGGCGUGGUUUACAGUCUUACACAACAAUAUAAUGUACUGAUCGUCCUUAAUUUCACAAUUUAUCCAUUGGCCUUACAGAAGAAAAGUUAGGUUGAUUGAAGAAUGGUGUUUAAAUAUGGGCAAAAGUGCACGGAACAAAUUCAGUCGAGCGCGCAAAAGUGUCUCGGCGAAACAACAAAGUUUGACCAAGUUGUUAGCAAACGAACACAACCCAGAUGCUAUCAGAUCUCUGGUACAGCUCUAAUCUUCCUAAUAAUUGGACUUAUCUUGGUUAUUCUGUGUCGCCGAUACAUUAAAGACGUACUGGAAGCGCUACAGAAUUUGGAAGAGUGGCAAGGGAUUCUGUUGUUUGUAGUCAUGUUUACAGUUGUUUCUUUUCCAAUGGCAUGGGGUUACAUCUUUCUCAACGUAGCAGCGGGCUAUUUGUAUGGAUUUGUACUUGGAUUUGUCGUUGUUAUAUUUUCCGUACUCUGUGGUUUAUCCAUUGCAUUCGUUGUCUGUAGACGAUAUUUACGAGAUUUCGUACGCUCAAAAUUGGAGUCGGACAGUUUAAAAGCUAUCAUGCGUGUCGUGGAGGGCAAACGAGGUUUCAAAGUCAUCGCAUUAACUCGGCUUACACCGGUACCGUUUGGACUGCAAAAUGGAUUGUUUUCGGUAACUAAUGUUAGUACAGCUAAAUAUGUAAUUGCAUCUACACUGGGACUUCUUCCUACACAAGCAUUAAAUUCAUACAUGGGAUCUACAUUCCGUUCAUUGGAAGAUCUUGUUGAAGAGCAAUCUGGAGGAUACAUUAUCCUGUUUGUUCAGUUCAUCAUCAGUAUACUUUUAAUGACAUAUGUGAUACGCAGAGCACGAAGGGAGUUGAACAGGACUUGUGAUGAGACAGAGCCAGAAGUUCUUGCCAAUGGUCAUGUCAUAGUGGCUAUACCAGAAGAAUUUCAACUAAUAUCAGAAGAAAAGAAUUUUAAAAUGGAUUUUGACUUAAAAGCACAGCUAGAAGAGAAAGAGUUUAUUGGUCAUAAAACAGCUAAAAAAGGCCACAAGAGGUCAAAAUCUGCAUCUGCUGUUUUAACUGCAGUAAAUGAAAUUGCCAAAGGUGCUCAAACUCCAUAGCUAUUGUUCAGGUGUUUUGGAUGAACUAUCAUUUGAAUUUUUUAUUUCCUUGUGGAUAGUUAUGUUGUUGUUUCAAACUAAUUUUAAGUCAAAAUGGUUUAAAACUGGUUUGAUUUGCUUUUUAAUCUGGACUGAUUUACCAUUAUUCCAAAUAAUUGUUUAUUUUGACAGUCCUCAUACAAAGUAAAACACAACAUCGUCUUGCUUAUCUUAUUUUCACCCCGAAUCAUUCAAAUGUAUACAGCUACACUUGGUCUUGUUUUCUGUCAUCAAGCCUACAGUGUAUGUGGAAGAGCAUUUGAGAUGACAAGAGUUUUUAAACUUUUUACUAUCCUGAAUUUUUCUGGUAUUAGCCCUGAGGUGGUCAAGGUGAUAAGUUAUCCAAUCAAAAUUGAAGAGUUUUGGUGAAAUUCCCUGUAGGAGUGGUUUUGUAAAUCUGUAAAUUCUUUUUUCCAAAAGUUGGAAAAAUCCAAGAUGGUGGGAGAACAGCAAGUUAAGAUCAUUUGUCUUUUAUUUAGUUGUGGAAAGAGGGCUUUUAAAUUAAGUCUUGAAAUUUAAACCAAGGAUUAGUGGAAAAGGUGAUCUUGCAAAUUGCAAUGUUUGUUACAAAUGCACACAAGCAUUUGAAAAACACUGCAAGAUUUCCUAGCAGAUUUGGCUUUUACUUGUCUCUAAGACAGCAAACAGCUUGACAUAGUCAUAAUUUACAAAAUUGUUUGGAAGAUCUAUUUAAGAAAAAUAUAUUUUUCUUAAUACAGGAAAGUUAUUAUUAUUGCUACAAAAAGCACAGUUUCAUUUAAUUUAUUGAAACUUAAGACCCAAAGUAACAAUCCUUUAUAGUUGUUACUGUGUAUUUUAAUGAAAAGCUAAUUAACAAUUCUGUUGGUGGAAUAUUCCCAUUAUGUUGUAUGCGGUUUACAAAUGAGUCAGAGCUGAUUAGUUUUCCUUGCAUAUUUAAGAAUUUUGAAAUUAAACAGUUUGUCCAGAUUGGUUUGGAUUUUAUUAGGAUUUCAAUAAUUUUAACAAUUCAGAUGCCUGAACCCAUGCAUUUACCAGGCACAUUUAUUUAAUCUAUUGCUACAAAUUAUUCCAUUCUUGAAUGGGCCUUGGAAAAUGAAUAUAAUUAGCAUAUUUUAAAAUUGUUACUUAAUCUGGUUUGGAUUCCUUUCAUCAAGAAACAGCUAUCAAUUUUGGUUCUCUGGCUUUUGAACAGUUUCAAGUUUCUUCACAGUUUACAUUGUCUUGGUCAGAGUAGUGUUCUUCAGAACCACUGGUGGUCAGCAAUUUCCCUGGUUCCUUUCUGAAGUGGCAGCUACCUGUCUUGAUCAGAAAAACAUUUUAUCCUGGCAGGCUUGUUUUUUCUUCCCUUUCUUUGGCUGGCUACCAAGAAAAUCUCUGGAGAACACUGGCUGGAGGUUAAUUUUGAUAGGAAAGUUUUUUGAAAUUUUUUGUAAUUGUGGAAAUAUAUUUAAAAAUCUACUAUCUUCAUUUUAGUACUAUUUUGAUAUUAGUAUACCCAGUUCAAAGAAUGUUAUCAUUAUGUUCUAAGUCGGACAAUUUCAAGUACAAAUGUAACAAAAAUUCAUUCCUGAUUGACCGUACAGGAGGUAGAAAUAAAUAUCACAGUACAUGAAAA